UCAUGUUCCAGGAUCCCGGAAGUUGGACGUUUAUUGACAACAUGGCUGCUGAUCUGGCUGUCGCUUUGACGAAAAUUGGAAUUUGACAGCGUUCACCGGGUGUACACACGCACACCAUUUCCAUGUGUUGAUUGUACAGUGGGCAUUUAUUCGAAUGACGGGACCUGCCAACUCACGGGAUGGUGUCAGUGAGCUGAGGAAACGUUCCGAGUGAUCCCGUCAUGUCGUUUUUCAAGCGGAAAGCCAAAAGCAAAGAACCUGAAAGAGUGACCGACGCAAAAGUCAACAGACGUCUCGGCAGCCCUCACUCCCCAUCACCGCCACUGAAGAACAACCAUGCCAUCCAGGAAGCUGCGGGGCCCAGCCAUGUGGCCAUCAGCGCCAUCUCUGCCAACAUGGACUCCUUCGCCCGCGGUCGCACGGCCAUCCUCAAGAAGCAGCCCAGCCACAUGGAAGCUGCGCACUUUGGUGAUCUCGGUCAUUCCAGUGUGAACUAUCAGCCCCAGGAGACCCGCUCCCGGCUCUCCAAGACCGUGGACCAAGUGCUUCGGGACAAUGUGGCGAUCCCCCAUUACAUGCGUUUUAUGGAGCGUCAUGGUGCCGACCACCUGGUUCGCUUCUGGCUGGAGGCUGAGAGUUUCCGCUCCACCAGCUGGUCGUGGGUCAGAGCGCACAGCCUCAACUCUGUCAAACACAGCUCCUUGGCUGAACCUGUCACCGGCUCCGGAGAUGGCUCCGACUUGCCGGAGCUCCCCCAGCACAAUUCCCAUGACCUGGAAUGGAACAGCGCAGGAGUCACGGCGCAGCCCGAGCAGCGGGACCCCUCCUGUACAGACGUAGGCCUGCAACCCGGCACCCCUCGAGCCGAAACUCCCAGCAGGCAGGCUCCGUCCAGGACGGGGACCCCUUCCAAAGGGCAGUCAAACAUCAGCCUGCGAGAUCUCUCCGAAAAACUCAUGAGAAGUAUCGAAAAAGAUGCGGUUACCAUCUUCACCAAGUACGUCUCCCCGGAUGCUGUGAGGCCCAUCCCAAUCACAGAACAGAUCCGAAAUGACAUAGUUGCUAAGAUUUGCGGCGAGGAUGGCAUGGUGGACCCAAAUUGCUUUGUCAUCGCACAGUCGGUCGUCUUCACCAUCUUAGAGCAACAAUACUUUCUUGAAUUCCUGCGGAGUCACCAUUUCUGUAAAUACCAGAUUGAAGUGUUGACGAGUGGCUCCGUGUUCCUGGCUGACAUCUUGUUCUGUGAGUCGGCUCUCUUCUACUUCUCUGAGUACAUGGAAAAGGAAGAGGCGAUGAAUGUACUGCAGUUCUGGCUCGCGGCUGACAACUUCCAAAACCAACUAGCAGCAAAGAAGGGCCAGUAUGAUGGCCAGGAGGCCCAAAAUGACGCCAUGAUCCUUUACGACAAGUAUUUCUCACUGCAAGCUACAAACCCUCUGGGAUUCGGCGACUCGGUACGCAUGGAGAUUGAGUCGAACAUCUGCCGGGAGGGGGGCCCUCUGCCUGAAUGCUUUACCACUCCACUUAGACAAGCCUGGACCACCAUGGAGAAGGUGUAUAUGCCAGGCUUCCUGUCCAGUAACCUUUACUACAAGUACCUGAGUGACCUCCUCAAUUCGGUGCGGGCGGACGAGUUUGUGAAUGUCAACACUCCAGGUCAGGGCGCCGCGGCGGACAACGAGCAGCGCUCAAGUUCAAGUGUCAGCGAGGCCUCCUUGAUGCAGUCCGGGGCCAAAAAGGCAGCGAUAAAGAUCUUGAAAAACUUCGAUGAGGCCAUCACGGUUGACGUGGCCAGUCUUGACCCCGAAUCUUUGUACCAGAGGCCAUACGCUGGAAAGAUGACAUUUGGGAGAGUGAAUGAGUUGGGCCAAUUUAUCAGGGAGGCAGAACCAGAACCAGACGUGAAGAAAUCCAAAGGCUUCAUGUUUUCACAAGCCAUGAAGAAAUGGGUCCAAGGUAACUCAAAUGAGGCUCAGGAGGAAAUGGCCUGGCAGAUAGCGAAAAUGAUUGUCAACGAUGUUGUGCAGUCAAACCAUGACAGUCCUGGCAAGUCCACUAAGUUGUGACCCCGUGAAGACUAUCCCCCUGCAAAUGCUGGCCAAUUAUACACAUGGCUUACCGUGCAACGAACUGAAAGUACUGUACCUCAUUGUUCCAACUCCAUAACACUAUGAAGGUGCGCAGUGGUCAGUUUAAGUGAAGCCCUUGCAUCACAUGACGGGGGCGUCUUUCCAAUUCAGUCUGGUACCUUAAAGCAACCUCGCAGAAAGACAAAGCAUGUCUACUAACGGUGCAAGCAAAACUGUCGCCGACUCUCGUUGCGUUGUCUUAUGUCGGACCUCCGGAGGAUGUCACGCAGACUGAAUUCCGCACAUUUCCUCAUGACACACCUCCCCAUGCCUUUUGUUUUUAAUGACCAUUCCUUGUUUUUAGAAGACGUUUUUCUUAAGCCAAAUAACAGUUUGGAGCCCUUUUACAUAUGCACACACUCCCUUUAGUAGCCUGCCUGUCCAAUGAUGAAUUAUGUAAAGUGGAAAUUUAUUUGGAGAGGAUCUGCAAAUGACAAUGAGAGAGAGGAAGACCUCUUGUGUUAAACAUCUUUGGCACCUUUUAUGAGCAUAGAAUAAAAAAAAACUCUUGUGCUGAAUUCAAAUGCUCCACUUGUUCUAAAUGAUAUAUAUCGCUACAUGUAUAUAUGUAUAAUGUAGACUGGUUUCUCCCAUAUAUAAAUGUCAGUACUUUUUUUUAUGGUGGCCGCUGUUUUGUUUUUGUUUUUUUUUCUCUCCUGUAUGCAUCUCAGAAACAACUGGACAUUUGCUCAAUGAAUUAAACUUUUUUUUCUUUUGAGCCUUACUGAGGUGUGGAAAAGAACCAGAAAGGAGUUUUGGUACCAUGUACCUCUGAUGUUUUUCAAUAUGUAUGUGCACCUAAUCUAAAUCUAUUUAAAUUGUUUGAUUUAAAUACAUACGUUGUCAAAGG